CGGUAGUUUGUUUGCAAACAUGGCCGUCAACUUAGUGAAGUACAAAGAUGAACUUCUUGGCGCAUGGAAAGAAGUGGUGGACGAUAAGAAUAGUACAAAUUGGGCACUCUUUGGUUAUGAUAAACAAUCGUACGAUCUCCGCGUCGUAUCUAAAGGUGAUGGUGGACUCGAAGAAUUGACAGAAGAAUUAAACUGUGGGAAGAUCAUGUAUGCCUUCUGUAAGGUGGAGGACCCAAAUACUAGUCUUCCAAAAUUCAUCUUGAUCAACUGGCAAGGAGAAGGAGCCCCACUAGUCAAGAAAGGCUGUUGCGCCAAUCACUUCAUGGACAUUGCAAAGUUCUUCAAGGGUUCAAACAUUACAAUCACUGCAAGAACAGAAGAGGAUGUGGAACCGGGUUUAAUUCUGGAAAAAGUAUCCAAGUGCACUGCGUCCAAAUUCAAUUUCAAAGAGCGUUCGGACCCUACCGAAAACUCAAAGCCGGUGGGAAGCGUUUACAAAAGGAUUCAACCUGCGAGGGAAAUUUCCUCUACUGAGAGGGAACGCUUCUGGAUGAAGGAACAGGAAGAAGAGAAGAAAAGGAUUGACGAAGAGCGGAAGAAAGCUGAAGAAGCACGAAACCGAAUUGCGGAAGAAGUCAAGGAGAGAGAGAUGAAGGAUGCCAGGGCACGAGAACAGCGGUUUCAGGAGAGGUCUCGGUCGAUUGAUAAACUCCGCGAGGCAGAGAACAAUGCGCAAAACUCGACCCACAGUAAAGUGGACAAGAAACUUUGGGAACAACAGCUGCAGGAAGACAUGAAAGAGGAAGAAGAGCGCAGGAGACGUUCGGACCAUUUGCGUAGUCAGCGGAACGAAGAAGCUCAAGCACUCAUUGCACAACGCACUGUGAAUGCCAAGGCAAUGUUUGAGCCGAGCACUUACACAGGCACUUAUGCCACUCAGCCUGCCAAACUAACCAACCAACAGAGGGCGCAGCAACCUACUGCAUCGUACGAGCCACAGAACUUGGCAGCAGCGUCUGCGCCCGUGACCAACUCCAGGAACGCGCUGCAGAACAACCAGGCAGCUGCAGUGACGUCACCACCUACCGAGUUCACCUACACAAGGAACUUGCUCAAGGAUGGCCUUCCUCCACGUCAGGAAUCAGACAUGGAGAAUUUAGAGGAAGAACAAAACUGGGAAGAGCCCACACUUGAGGCGCCACCUCACGUAAAAGACCCCCUCACGGAAAUGAUGGCGGAGCAUGGUAUCCGGACACCGCAACAGCCCGCCGUUGAAGAAUCACCACAAGUAAUCGUAGCAGAUUCAUCAAACCCAGGACUGCGUGCACGUGCACUGUACGACUAUCAAGCUGCUGACGACACCGAGAUCUCAUUCGACCCAGAUGACAUCAUCACACACAUUGAACAGAUCGACGAAGGCUGGUGGCAAGGUCUCGGGCCCGACGGAACGUAUGGGUUAUUUCCGGCCAACUACGUCGAACUUGUCAACUAACCUUCUGUGAUGCUUAGUUUGAAGUCACUGGCCCUUGUUACAGGCUGCAGAAAGCUCAUGGAAGCUGACUGUGGCUUACUAAAAGUUGGAACUAUGUGAGUUGAAAGCUGAAUCGUACGAUGGAGGCAUAUGUCACUGCAGAUUUCACCUGCGCAGUUACCAUCACAGCCUGCUCAUAAUUGCAGUGAUGGAAUUUGCUAGAAACAGUGCUGUUUACUUUAAUGCGAGUGCUGUAACUUUUUCAAAAUGAAAUUGGUUGUUGAUGUUUACAAAGCGUGAUGUAGAACUGUUAAAUAACAUAUUAAGCUUUCUUGUUUUUGUGUACUGUUGCUGCUAAUGUGUACUUUACAUUUGUAUGCAUUUCUGUGCCAGGGUAAACCAAAAGCAAGCAUUUCACUGUUCUGUAGAGUGCAGACCGCCAUAGUCCUGAUGUUUUGCUGUAAUUCAUGUGGUGUACGUGCUCCUGUGGGACGGCUAGUCACGUUUUUACUCGUGUGUAAGUAAUUUAAGCACUUAAAUUAACAAUAUUUAAGGGCUCAACUACUCUGCAUGUUUCCUGCGCAAAGAAAAAAAAAACUUUUACUUGCGAUACCUCGAAGAUAGACUACAGAAACCAUACAAGAUGUGAUUGGUAGACACAAUGGCAUGUAGACUAAUAUCACAGUCUACUACGAAUGGUAUCUACUGCCAUGACUUGGUGUUGGGAAGUGCCUGAAUUCACAAGCUCGGGGGCCCCAUUCACCUGUUUCUCAGUGAUGCAACACAUUUCCUCACACACACAAAAAAAAAAAUAUAUAUAUAUACAUGGUAGACUCCUCCUAUGAUGAAUACAUUGUACAUCUUAACAGAAGGGUUCAAAAUAUCUAAAUAUUGCUACCUGGUAAACGGAGAGGAUCAGCCUGAUAUAAUGAAGAGAUAUUGACAUUGUAACAUUUAUUUCGGUCGUCAUGACAGGGGUCUAUUCGGCUUAACAGGAGUCUACUGUACAUGCUGUGUUUUGUAUCGGUCAUUUUGAUCUAGCGUUCAUAGCUUUUGCAAGAUACAAACUUGCCUAGACAUAGUCACUACUCAUAUCAAUUUUGUAAACCAGCCACCACCCUUUAUGUGUCCACAUUGCUUCACAUUAAUAUCGUGCAGGCAAAAAUAAUGCCAGGCCCUGUCCAAGCACUGUAUUGUCGAUAUCCUUUUAUUAUUCCUCCAUGUUGUCUCAGCAGAUCUGCACAACUGUGCUGUUAUAUUCUGUUGUUUACUUAAGUGCAUCGUAAAAUGGGAAGGUUGAACUUCCAAAAUGUAGCAGCAGUCAAAUAUUAUUCUGUUUUCACCAUCUGAUAGGCAAUAUGCAGGCUGCUGGUUCCACUUUCAGAUACGUGAUAAGAUUUUUUUUUUUUUUUUGUGCCCCUUCGCUAGUGUACCACACGAUUUCCCAGGUCACGACCUUUUCUGCAUUCCCGGGAAGUCCAGUUAUGGGGGUUUGGCUGUACUCUGUGCCAAAAUGUAGUUUGUAACCCAGGAGGUGACCAAACAAUGCUGGGAAGAUGGUCUGUGAGACAAUCUAGUGCUCACUCAUCAAGCUUGUCCUCUUCCCACUUUCUUCGUUGCUUCUCUUUUCAGGGUGGCCGUCACGACUCGCAUUAUAUUGCUGUGUGACAAGGUGCAUUUUGUACAUUCCCUAUUUAACAGCAACUGGGGAUGAGGAAUUAAGAUAGAAAGAGAACAAUCAUGUCGACUAUUAUUAUCAUUGUCCCCUGCAGAUCUCCCAGGGUUGUUAAGUAUGUAGUUUGACUGCAAACUUUUUAUGAGCAUGCAUUUACUCGGCUGUUCUCAUUUGCUUAUCUUGUUACGUGGUAUAGUGAUUGCACAAAUGCACGUGUUCGGUUACUGUGCAUGUUCCCUGCAGUUUGCAGCACCUGUAUCUGCAACAUUAACAACAGGUCUGUUUCCUUGUUAGUUUCAAAUAAAGCAUUGUAUACCCGAGA